AAGUUGGAAAGAUGUUUGAUAUUAUUUCCGCUGUGGUAGUACACGGAAAUGCCAACAUAACAAGCAGCCAAUCACAUUGUUCUGUAAUUGUUCCCUCCCAUUUCACAUGAUUACAUUAAGGCAGAUCAUCUUCUGAUCCUGUUUAAAUUAACUGCUUUCUUACGUGAGUUAACAAGAAAAUGCUGUUUGGAUUUUAUAUCCUGCUCAUGCUCAGAGUUGGGCGAUGCGCAGACAAUCAGAUCUUUGUGACAAAGACUGUUGGUGUUGGAGAUAAUGUGACUCUGACAUGUACUCGCCAGAGAGCUGAGUCUGAAACAACAACCUUGUUCUGGAUCAGGCUUGUUGCUGGAAACGUACCUGAAUUCUUGGGAGGAACAUUAGCCUUUGAUUAUGAUGGUGUUGAUAAGACUUCUCGCAUUACAGCAAAACAAGAGCCUGGGACAUUUGUCCUGCAUAUUGAUAAAACUAAGCUAAGUGAUACUGGACUUUAUUACUGUAUAAAAGUAAACCAACGUCAUUUGACAUUUUUGAACGGAACAUUUCUGAGGAUUGAAGGACCAGAACCUGAUAUCACUGCCAUCACUCAAGACUUUCCAUCUGAUCCAGUCCAUCCAGGAGACUCUGUGACUCUCCAGUGUUCAGUGCUCUCUGACUCUGAGAAUAAAAAGUGUCCAGAAGAACACAGAGUGUACUGGUUCAGAGCUGGCUCAGAUGAAUCUCAUCCCAGUUUUAUUUAUGCUCAUGGAAACAGUGGUGAUGAAUGUGAAAAGAGUCCUGAGACUCGCUCUCCACAGAAAUGUGUCUACAGCUUCUCUAAGGAGGUCAGCUCCUCUGAUGCUGAGACUUACUACUGUGCUGUGGCCACAUGUGGGGAGAUAUUAUUUGGAAAUGGAACAAAACUCAACACUGAAGCUUCAGUUGUCAGCAGGUGGGAUUUACAGAAGGCCAACACAAUUAUCUACCUGCUGUGUGCUGCUUUGGCUAUAAGUCUGGUUGUAACAGCCUUCCUCAUAUAUUGCAUCAAGAGAAAAUCUUGUGAUUGUUGGAACGGUAAGAGAAAUUACUCAAACAUGAAUCUAUCAAACUAG